AUGGCCUCCAGAACUUCACUCUCCGAGGAGGAUUUCUCCUGCCCGGUGUGCUGUGACAUCUACCGGGACCCUAUCAUACUCCUGUGCAGCCACAGCUUUUGUCGAGUCUGUCUGCAGCAGUUCUGGAAACAGAAGGGGAUCCGCGAGUGUCCCGUGUGCAGGAUGAGGUCGUCCAGGUCUGCACCAGCCACUAACCUGGUCUUGAAGAACCUGUGCGAGGCUCUCUUGCAGGAGAGGGGUCAGAGAACUUUGGAGGUGCACUUGAAGCCGGAGGUCCAUGGCAAGUUUGCAGUGGGAACCGAGACGUUGCCCAUAAAAUCCUUGGGCGGGCCAGAGGCACUGUGCAGCAUACACAGCGAGAAACUCAAGCUCUUUUGCCUGGAGGACAAGCAGCCUGUCUGUGUGGUAUGCCGCGACUCAAAAAAGCACAAUAAUCAUGCCUUUCAACCUAUUGAUGAGGCAGCUCUGGAUCUCAAGGAGGAGAUUAAGCACAAACUGAAGCCCUUACAGGAGAAUCUAAAGACCUACAGAGAAGCUAAACUGUUGUUUGACCAAACAGCAAAACACAUAAAGUGUCAGGCCAAAGACGUAGAGAGGCAGAUUAAGGAGGAGUUUGAGAGGCUUCAUCAGUUUUUACAGGACGAGGAGUCUGCCAGAAUGGCUGUGCUGAAGGAGGAAGAGGAGUUCAAAAGCCAGAUGAUGAAGAAAAAGACAGAGGAGAUCAGCAAAGAAAUACAGGGUCUCUUAGACAUCAUUAAGGCUAUUGAAAAAUAUAUGGAUGGGGAAGACAUCACAUUCCUUAAGAACUACAGUGUCAUAAUGAAGCAAGUCCCGUUUACACUCCCGGAUCCAGAGCCAGUCCCAGAAACACUAGUCAACAUGGCAAAUUAUCUUGGUAACCUGCGGUUCAGAAUCUGGGAGAAGAUGAAAGACAUAGUUCAGUACAGCCCUGUGACUCUAGACCCAAACACAGCUAACCCGUGCAUCUUCCUCUCUGAGGAUCUGACCACCCUCCGCUACAAGGACAAAGGCCAGCUGCUCCCCGACAACCCGGAGAGGUUUGACUACUGGGAGUUUGUGCUGGGGUCCGAGGGCUUUGCCUCCGGGAGCCACUGCUGGGAAGUGGAGGUGGGGGACAGCACACUUUGGGCCCUGGGGGUGACCAGCGAGUCCGUGCAGCGUAAGGGUGAGGCACUGUUCAAGAGCGCCGUGUGGGGUGUGGGCUACUACAAUGGAGAGUACGGGGCCAGCUCCUCCGUGGAGCCCCCGACUCCGCUCACAGUGACCCCCAAGCUCCAGAGGAUUCGUGUACAGCUGGACUGGGACAAGGGGUUGGUGGCGUUCUCUGACCCUGUUAGUAACACGCCUCUGCACACGUUCACUCACACCUUCACGGAGAGAGUGUUUCCAUACUUCAGUAAUUACUGUGAGCUUUGUCCCCUGAAGAUCAUACCAUUGGAUGUUUCUGUAGCAAUGCAGCCACAAUGAUAAUGUGCUUUAAUGUAUACUAUACUGUCACUGGUAGGUGUGUGAGCUUACAGUACAUAAUUCAUUGACAUUCUGGCAUGAUAUUGUCACUAUUACAUUACAGUAUAGGGGUUCUCCAUGUCCUGAACAGUUUUGUAACAUCUACAAUUUGCAGAAGAUUAAUUGUACGGAUUAAAAUUACAAUCAUGACAUGUUGUGAACUAGAGCAGUUUCAAUCUUUUGUUGAAACAAGUGAAAGGUAGUGGUAACAAUAUAAAACAGAUAAUCACAUAUUACCCAUUUGUUUGUUAUAUGAAAAUCAUUAAAUAGGUCAAAUAAGAGGAAAUAAACAGACAGAAACAACAUAAAAACCGUUAUCACAAGGGGACAAUGUGUGACAAAGACUUGCUUAAUGAAAGUCAAAUUGAUUUGGUUGGCCUCUGACACUGGCCUUAAAGAGAUCAAAUCAAAUCAAAUAAUUUUUUUUUGUAAUGAAUUUGAUGUGAAGAUCAAGGUCAUAUAUGAAAUUUCUGUUCUUUUGUUCUGUCAGGGUUUUAAUGACAUUUUCUGUCUGUAAAAAUGCAAAAAUUGAACAUUGCUUGCAAUCUACCAGUGAUCAUCACUAAUUUUCAUUAAGAAUCUUUCGUCAUGAUUAUGGUGCAUGGACCAUACACAUAGAUGUGGCUUACCAUACAUGACCCACAGGUCACCCUGAAUACAACCAUACACGUCUCCAUAGUGAAAACCAUAUACGGCUCUAUUGAAAACAACCACUUAUUGCCCCCUAGUGGAUCAACAAAGUAUAACUACAAAAAAGUGUUUUUCAUGUAUAGUAGGUCUGCCUUAUGUUUUGAGAAUGGUCAAAAAUAUCUGGUUAAAAUAAUUGACGGUUAUGCAAUUCAAAUAAACUUUGCUUUUAACAAUUUCAAAUAAAGUUAAUUCAAAUAAAGUAAAUUUUUAACAGCACAAAGUCUUAUCGAUAUCUGUAUUGCGAUCCUAUGCUACCAUUACCCUACUACACUUGUGGUAUAAAUACAUAACACAAAUAUCCCUUUCAGUUUUGAAAACCCCAGCCUAUUAGGAGAAAAAACAAUACAUGCACUUGUAUAAACUGUUAUGGUAGCUCUACAACAGUUCCCUCCUGCAUUUUAGAGUGUACGCGUCAUUCAUGUCUGAAACAACACUGGGGUGGUUCUGCAUUGCUUUCAGUGACCAUUA